GCUUAUAAGUUGAAAGAUUAUGCAUAGUAUUGUUUCGUUUUACAGAUGGUGGGUUGUAUACAUAAUUUGUCAUUAAUUAAUAGUUAAUACCUUUAGAUUUUCUGGUAAUGCCAAAGGCCCAAUAAACAUAUAUCUACCGUACGUACAUAAAUGCAAAACUGAGAUAGAGAGAGAAGUAGAAGAAGAAGAGAGAGAGUCAAAAUUUGAGUAAAGAGUUAGAAUUGCAAUCAAACUAAAGAAAAUGAAAAGAAAGAAGGAAAAAGAAGAAGAAGAGCACAAGAAAAUGGAGAAACGUGGAAGAGGGCGUCCAAAGAAGAUUAAGAUUGCACCUCAAUCCCAUAAUUUAGAUGAAAUAACGGUGAACAGUGAUGAUAACUUACCCGAGUUCUUCAAAGUUUACGUAUCCGAAAUUUAUUCUGAGAGAAUGAGAAUUCCUCCAGAUUUUAUCGAGAAAUUUGGUCGAAAGAAACCGGCAAUUGUCACACUAAAAACAACAUCUGGAAUCUCGUUUCGAGCUGAUAUGAACAAAAUUAACAAGUGUUGGUAUCUCGAAAAGGGUUGGUCGGAAUUCGUGAAGGAAAAUUCAGUAGAGGAAGGUGAUUUUCUGACUUUCUCUUAUGCCGGAAAAUCGGUGUUUAAUGUAAAAGUAUUUGCGAAAAACGGAUGUAUAAAGACUGUUGAUAAUCUCGAAGAGGACGAACCAUCCGAACCUGAAAAUCGAAACGACAAUCGAAAACCUAUCUAUGAAAAUCGAUCUUUCGCAGCAGUCAUAACUGAGUCUUGCGUACGGAGAGGUUGGCUGCAUGUACCAAGUAAGUUUUGGAAGGGGCAUAUGAAAAUAGAUGAAAAAGGAAUAAGAAGUGUUACUCUUUGGAUAAAGAAGAAGUCGUGGGAUGUAGGUUUAGCGACUUUGUUUAACAGAGUUAUCUUUUCCAGAGGUUGGAUCAAAUUUGCGAGAGACAAUUCGUUGCGAGAUGGGAAUUUAUGCACUUUUCGGUUGAUUAAUGGUAGCGACUCUGCUCUCAGUGUCACUAUUAAGUAACAGCGGAUAAUAAUUAUUUAUGGCAUGCUUGUAGUUGUAGUAACUAAUCAUUGUUGUUUUUCUGAAGAAUCUAUAUGAAAUUGUUGAAACAAUUAAUUAUUUACCACGUUUCAUUAAAGAGUUUAAUUAGGCCGGUUUGAUCGGUGAGAUCAGUCAAGAUUUACUAAAUAGUAAGAUUUAGUUCGAUGUUUGGUUGUCCCAAUAAUUUUUUGGGUCGACCCUCAAAACUAAUUUUAUCAUUGUUUAGCAUGGCUAAUUAGGAGAUACUCCAUAUGUUCCAUUUAUUUGAUGUUUUUAACAUUGCACGUAGAUUAAAGAUGGCAUAUAUAAAGAGAUCAAAUUCAAAUUCAUAGCUAAGGCAAAUUGAUCCGCCCUAAAACUGUGUUGUCUCCUCGAUAGUUGUUUGCGGAAAUAAGCUUAGAAAGCAGU